AUGUCCUCCUCUAUUGCACCCUCCUACAACCACGCUACCAACAACUCGCCGCCUGCUCUGCAGUACGACGACAACGAGCUUCACCGCUAUGUCACUGAUGACGGGCCCAGCCACUCCAAGGCCCCAGUCGACCGCGGUGUCAUUCCCCCUCAGCCUGCCCUCAUCCCCCUACGUAAAGCCGACAUGCAGCCUUCCUACGCCCAGGAUCUUGGUUCUGGAACUGUCACUCACGGCUUCUACGGAUCUAUGAUGACCGGCAUCGGAGCCUGCAUCGGAGCGUUCUACAAGUCUGUUGACCCCGGUCUCGUGCAGGUCAACGUCUGCUCGGAGGACAUCCGCAUGGUCGACGUCAAGAUCCAGCUCACGACCGUCCCGCCCCAGACGGUGCAGACGAAGGACAACGUCUCCGUCAUUGUCGACUCUGUCAUCUCGUGGCACAUUGUCUCGCCCUACCGCGCCGCCUUCGGUAUCAACAACCUGACCAUGGCACUUGUCGAGCGUGCGCAGACAACUCUGCGCCAAGUCGUCGGUGGGCGCGUCCUGCAGUCCGUCAUUUCGGACCGUGAGGGCCUUGCGCAAGAGGUCGCCGAGAUCAUCGAGACGACGGCCGAGAAGUGGGGCGUCAGCAUCGAGUCCAUCCUCCUCAAGGACAUCAACUUCUCCGUCGAGCUGCAGCAGUCUCUCUCGUCUGCCGCCACCCAGAAGCGUAUUGGAGAGUCCAAGGUCAUUGCUGCGCGCGCCGAGGUCGACGCCGCCAAGCUCAUGCGCCAGGCUGCCGACAUCCUCGCCUCGCCCGCCGCUAUGCAGAUCCGCCAGCUCGAGGCGCUCCAGGCCAUGGCCCGCACGAGCGGAAGCAAGGGUACGUUAUGCUCCGAUGCUAGUGACGAGGAUCUGUCUCACCGAGCCGCGGCAUGUGGCGCCUCCGCGGAGGCCGUCACGGCGUAG